CUCUGCAGAACUUCAGAAACCACUUACUUGGACUUCUGUUAAAGUUUGUUUGUCGUCAGGAUCCUUUUAAGGGUUUAAUGAUAAAUGGUAUGACUGAGGAACUUAAUGAGGAACUGACUAGUUGGCCACAAUAAUCUGCUUCCUUCUUUAUUUGACGCUGAUGGCUUAAAGAUAACUUUUCAGGCUGCUCAGUGUAAGUGUGCAUGUUUGCUGUUGAAUAAAGAAUAAAAGUUUGUGUGGAGUCUGAACUCUGAAGUGAGGAGACAUGGAAGCUGUGAUCGGACUGUUGGUGAUGAUGAUCGGAGUCUCUCAUGGUGUGGAAACCUCCUGUGAUGGCAGAUAUGAUGGAGCUCAGUGUUAUGGAGCUUUGGGAGGAACUUUGGUCCUCCAGCUGAUGGAUAGCACCUCAGAAAUACAUAGAUACCAACUGACAAAACAAACAACACGAAUGCUCACUUGGAAAAACAAUCAGAUUUUGUUGAAUGCGUUCAGAAACAGAUCAUCAUUUACUCCCAGCAAUGGAACAUUUCAGAUCAAUGACCUGAGCAGGAAUGAUGAAGGUCAAUAUAAACUGGAAAUAUCCAAGUCAAAUGGAGUGACAUCAAACCAGGCUCUACAGUUGACCAUUCAAGCUCCAGUGUCCUCUGUCCUGCUCGUCUCUGAGUGUCUGUCCCAGGGAGAGAUGAGGGUGUCCUGCUCCUCUGAGGGAGGGGACAGUCCUCAGUACAGCUGGACUCUGGAUGGACGCACACUGACAGAUGCAGAGCUCCGCUUUGGAAAUACUGAGACAAACAACUUCACUCUAAAACAGCGUGUUUCUACACAUCUGGUCUGCACAGUCCGCAAUCACGUCAGUAGGAUAUCAGCCUGUGGCUUCACGUUCAUUAACUGUACCAACUCACCCAAUAUGAUGCACAUAUCACAAGGGGUUUUGGCAGCCAAUGAUACCCUGUGUAUGGGGCCGACAACAGCUCCUGCCACUAUCACUGAAACUGAGGCCUCCACUGUGGGUGUAAAGAUUAACAUCAAAGUGUCCAUAAAACCCUCCGCUAACAUCACUCAUGCCUGUCAAAGUGUUGCUAUCCAAAGUGAUCAGUCCCUGCUUAUAUGUGGUGUGCGAGCAGCUGUGGUGAUUCUUGCUUUAAUUGGGAUCGCCGUCUAUUUUGCUCGGAAGAAAAAGAAAAUACAAGCUGGCUGA